GUGUAAUCUCUAAACUCUGCGUUCUUGACGAGCCUGCGUGCGCGAUGGGGUGCUCUCAUCCUGCGUAGACGAAGAGUCACCGGCGAACGCAACGAUGCAUCCUGUUCGUCAACCUCCUCUUCUCCACUGCUUCCGUGCCGCGCUGUCGUCUCGCCACCCUCUCUGCCUCCUCUUCCUUGCGCCCAGGCCAUCGCAGUCCUCGCCUCGCGCCUCAAUCUCCGCGCCGUGGCCACGGCUAAGGCCCCUCGGAAGGACCAGGACUUACUCUGUCGCCACGAAGGUCGCGGACGAACCGGCGGCGGAAUGGAGUGGUGGCGGCGGCGACGGCGACGGUGACGGCAACGGCAGCUACUUCUUCGCGGGAGAGGGUGUCUCUUGGAAGUCCCUGGGGAUCUCUGACCACCUCAGCCAUGUUCUCGCCAAGGCCUCGCUGCUCAGGCCCUCCCUCGUCCAGGCUGCUUGUAUUCCUCAUAUUCUUACAGGGAAAGAUGUGAUCAUUGCUGCAGAGACAGGUAGCGGCAAAACACAUGGCUACUUGGUUCCAUUGAUUGAGAAGCUAUGCAGGAAUUUGGAUCCCAAUAAAGGAACUGAUGUUUCUAAAGGAAAUCCUGAAAAACAUAAAAAGACUUAUCUGGUCCUGUGCCCUAAUGUGAUGCUAUGUGAGCAAGUAGCUGACAUGGCUAAUAAUCUACUGGAUGAUUCAGGUGAAUCACUCGUCAAAGUUGCUGCAGUUUGUGGACGAAGGGGAUGGCCAGUUGCUCACCCAGAUAUUCUUGUCUCCACUCCAGUUGCUCUUUUAAAUUACUUGUUUGAAUUUGACCCUGAGAAAAAACGGCGUGCUAAUUUCUUACAGAAUAUCAAAUCUGUGGUGUUUGAUGAAGCAGAUAUGCUUCUUUGUGGAAGUUUUCAAAACCAAGUUAUCCGUCUCAUUAACAUGUUACGUUUUGAAGAAAAACUAGUGUCCAAGAUGCAAGAUUCUGCAAAAGAGUCUGUGAUUGAUGAAGACAACAAGUGUAAUAUGGAAUUAAAAUCUGAUGAUGACAACUAUAAGCAGCUUCUUAAUAAUGAUGAGGAAGACGGUGACAACUGCGAUGAUGACGAAGGUUUGGAAAGUGAGUCAGAAGAGUUGAACACCAGUGUGAAGGACUGGAAGAGGGUUAGGAAAAUUUAUACACGCAGCAAGCAGUAUGUUUUUGUUGCUGCCACACUUCCUAGUAGUGGCAAGAGAACUGCUGGUGGAGUGCUGAAACGAAUGUUUCCUGAAGCCAUUUGUGUCAGUGGAAGUUUCCUCCAUCGGCACAAUCCUAGGUUGGAGCAGAGAUGGAUAGAAGUAACACCUGAUACACAAGUUGAUGCUCUUCUAGAUGCAGUGAACUAUGGUUAUAGAUGUAAAGCUCCAGAUUCUCAUGUCGAUGCAAGGAGAACCAUGGUCUUUGCUAAUACUGUUGAUGCUGUUCAAUCAGUGGCAAAGAUAUUGGAAAGAGUUGGUCUUGAAUGCAUUUUGUACCACCGGGAAGGCUCUUUGGAGGAACGAACAAGUAAUUUGAACCGUUUCCGCAAAAAUGGUGGUAUAUUUGUCUGCACUGAUGCUGCGUCUCGUGGUCUUGACAUACCAAAUGUUUCACAUGUCAUUCAGGCAGAGUUUGCAACCUCUGCUGUAGAUUUUCUGCAUAGGGUUGGGCGCACAGGCAGAGCUGGUCAGUUUGGAACUGUUACAAGUCUUUAUACCAGAUCAAAUCAAGAUCUUGUAUGUGCUGUUCGUCAGGCAGAGAGGACGGGCGAGCCUGUGGAGAAUGCAUUUAGCAGGAAAAGGAGCUUCAGAAAUAAACUUAAGAAAAGAGGUCGAAAUACAUCUGAAGGUGCAUCUUUGGCUUCAGUAUAAUGUAGAUCGAGAUUUUGGAACAAAAGAAUCAUGCAGACAGUAGUAAUUUAUUUGGAACCACAGCCAUGUAAUAUGUUUGUAAAUCAGCAUUAUCCAUGUUCAACAAGCUUUACAUCAUCAUGUAUCGUUUUGAUAUAUCUAGAGAAACAAAAGUCAUUAAUGUAUGCCUGGCUAGUAGGCUCUGCCAUGGCAAGAAUCUUGCCAAGUGAUUCUUUUCUGGAAGAGGUACAGUUGUUGAAGAUUUA